ACUUUUUCAGGAGGCUCCUCCCCUUUUCAAGAAUGGAACCGCCCACCCAACCCGGAAGUGGCUUCAGUUCAUGGGCUCCACGUGGGAGAGAAGGCAGGAUGGGAAGCCCGGAAGCGCUACCCCGUUUCAAGUGUCCGCCAGACUUUGUUGCCAGCUGCUUUGCUCCCGGACCCCCGUUCUCCCUUGAGAUACUGGAAGACCCGUCCAAGGAACUCCUUCUGAUCCGAGCCCCGGCCAACUUCAGCCCAGAAAGCUUUGAAGGGCAGGCGCUGCCUCUCUCGGGCAGCCACACGGUCAAGCUGCCCCAGUCCAAUGGGGCCCAGAAGAUCUUUGGCAUUCAGGCCGCUCUGGGGCCACCGUCCAGCUCUGCCCGCUUGCUGGUCCCCUCGGGCCGCGGCCAGGACCGCCUCUCUUGCGCGCCGCCCUUCGGGGGGUCCUUGACCGUCGUGGAGCGGCAUGGCGACCCCGGCACAAACACGAUCUUCUUCCCGGCGGCCGGACAAGCAGCCCCGCAGGUCCCGGAAGGCCUCAAGCAGCGCUUCAUGCCAUUCGGGGGGCAGAGGAAGAGACCCGCCUUGGGGGAUGCCGCAGGGGGGCCUCCGCGGAAGAAGCCGCAGAAGAAGGGCAAGCGCCGGUUGCAUCUCACGGAGUACAUGUGGGGACCCCAGGAAGAGGUGUCUGCAGUGGAAGCGAACGGAAAGGAGUCUCCGCAAGAGCUGAAUAGCAGCGCCCUGGCUCCCUCGCAAGAAACUUCGCUCUCGGCAGACUAUCCAAACCACAGAAGAAAGAAGAAGAAGAAGAAAGUGAAGGAGGAGGCGACGGAGACUUUCCUAACAGAGGCUGACUCCAUAACCCAUCACUCUCAAUCUGAGACGCAUUCGGACUCCCUAACCCAGCAGCCUGCGUUGGAAUUGAGCCUUGAGACCUCUUUGGGAGGAAACGGCGACGUCGAGGAAGAGAAGAAGAAGAAAAAGAAGAAGAAGAAGGAAAAGGAAGCCGCUGUCGAGGAGGAACCAAUGGACAUAAAGGAAGAACCUGGGCUGGAAAGUUCAUGGGAAGGCUUAGUAAAAGCCUCUGGACAUAAGAAAAAGAAGAAAAAGAAGGAAAAGGUGGAGGAAGAGGUGCUGCCAAAGCAAGGAAACGGAAGCAUUUUGGAGACGGGGUCUAUCAAGGAGGAGCCGAUAGAGUUGGCCACCGGUUCUGCAAACGAGGAGCCGUUGGAACCAAACGUUCCCAUCCACAAGAAGAAGAAAAAGAAGAAGGCGAAAGAAGAAGAAGAAGAAGGGACAAAACAGUCGGAAAGAACCGUGUUAAAGGAAGAGACGCAAAGCUUGGAAGAGCCGGAGCACAACGUGGAAACGCCGAGCCAAAAGCACAAGAAGAAGAAGAAGAAGGAGCACAAGAUGGAAGAGGCCUAAAGGGACUGCGUUUCCCAGAAAUUAUCUGGAGCAUAACACGAGGGUUGAAUGAAAAGUAAUGCCUCCACCUUCGUGAUGGCAGUCCUGGUCUGCGGCAGGGACUGGCUUGUUCAGGAGACUCUCUACAUUUAGUUCCAUUUGGCGGGAAGCCUUAGCAUUGAACGGUUGUGUUGUUAAAGUGCAAAGUAUGGAACCUUGCACAGACGGUCGGUCAAUGAGACUUAGGAAAUAUCUGACUUGCGUGACGAACAAAGAGUUGGACAUCCUGUUGCAACAACUGCCGAGUUUCACAAGCGAAAGGUUGGCCGAUUGAUUCAGGACGAUUGUCGUAUCACUCAGGGAAAUUUCAAGCAUCAUCGGCAUUUCGCAAGAAUGUGUGGUCACAUUAAUGCUUUGCCUGGCAAUCGGAAGAUCCAACUCUUUGUCACGCAAGUCAGAUGUUCCCACCACAACAUCUUGAAACUUACUCACCCAACGACACACAAGACUCACACGAACACAAUCACCAUAAACAGCUUGCAUUCUCUGAGGAAUCUCCUUUUGGGUGACAACUUCUGCUGUCAAGAAUUCAGUGACAACUUCUGCUGUCAAGAAAUAUUAAUCCAACCAUUAUCUUCAAUCCAUUUGUGUUUUAGAAUGCAGAACACACUCUGUAUUAUUUUUAGUCCACAUAAAAGGUUUCCAUUGUUUUUUGCUGUUUCUGCCACUUGGAUUUCUGUAAAAUUAAAGCUAAUUGUGUAAAAGAUGGAACUUGGGAUUCGCAAAGACGGGACCCAUCAUAAUCCCAUAGCAAUCCUCAUCCAUCCUUUUCCUAUCCGCAACCUCUUUAGCAGAAUCGGGAACUUGGAAAAGUUGGAAAAGGAGGAGGCCUUGCACCUCGUUGCUUAUAAAAACACAAUAAUCAAA